AUGGCUCUCUCACUUCAGAAAACAUGGAGAUCUCUCUUCUCCUCUUCACGCUUGCCUUCUAUUUUACCAUCCGCAGCUCGAGAAUUCCGAUCAGAUGCGGCUUUAGAAGCCAUAUUAAAAGCAAACGAAGAAAAAACCCCAAACAUUGUGCUCUAUAACUACCCUUCCUUCUCUGGUGCUUUCUCUGCUUUAUUUGCUCACCUUUUUCACACUCGUUUCAAUCUCCCUUGCCUUAUCUUGCCUUUCUCUUCCGUCGAACCCUUCAGGAUUGAAGAUUUCAAAAUUGAAGGACUUGAGAGAUGUUAUCUGCUUGAUUUUAUUGGUCCACAUGGAUUUGCUUCAACUCUUUCGCGUCAAUCAAAUAGCGAGGUAAUUUGUUUUGAUCAUCGAAAAUCGGUGCUUUCAAGGGUUCAAUCGAAAGAGGAUUGUGGAGAGAAAGGGGAAAUUGCGGGAUUAUUGAAUCCGGAAGAUCAUGUUCGUGUUGAACUGGUUCUCAAGUACAUUGAAGAUAUGGACCUUCGACGGUGGAGUUUACCAGAUAUUAGAGCAUUUAAAGUUGGAAUUAGUGAAUGGCUCUCCAAGUUUAAUUGUGUCACUAACCCGUAUAUGUUUGAACAGUUGCUGGAGAUAAGUUCUGUUAAUCUAAUUGAGAAAGGAAAUUCAUAUAUUUCGUCCCGGUGGGCUGCUGCUAGUAAGUUGCUGGAUAAGGUUUUUAAAGUUCAGUUGGGUCAAGGAUUUUAUGGAGAGUGCCUGGGAGUAAGAGCAGAUGGCAAUUCUCAUUUAGGUGAUGAAAUCGGCAAGCAACUUAGUGUAAAAAGUGCUGCAGCUGGUCUAAGGCCCAUAGGAGCUGUUGUGUAUGUGCAACGAAAUAAUCUUAAGAUGUGCUUAAGGAGUACUGAUGUUGCUACUGAUACCUCCGAAGUUGCAAAGGUUGUGUAUUUUGACUAG